AUGGAGGACACAUCGUCACCGCCACCUCGGAAGGAGCAGAAUUGGCGCUCCACGGCCUCGACCAACUGGCGCGUCAAAGACGAUACACCGCGGUCGGAGCAGCAACAACCUCGAGCGCGGACUCACCGUAACCAGAACGGGCAAUCCACAUACAAUGGCAACAGCAAUUCAGCCCAACCAGCUGAUGAAGCGGCGGGGACGAGGCUUUAUAUUGGCAAUCUCCUCUAUACCGCUCAGGCUUCCGACAUCAAGGAAAUGUUCAUUGAGAACGGUUUCAACGUCGUCGGUAUCAGCAUGUCUACGGAUCCCUUUACAGGACGAAACCCGAGUUACUGCUUUGUAGACGUGGAAAGCCCGGAAGAGGCCCAGAGGGCGAUGAGUCAGUUGAAUGGCGUGGACGUCCUCGGAAGACCAGUUAGAGUCAGCCUCGGUGUAACCAGAAGGCAGGGCCAGGGCCAGAGCAACGCAAGUGGCACCACGGGUGGGAGGGAGGCCAGAGUUAAGGACUUUGAGCGAGGUUGGGGAAGGGUUCGCGAGUCGAGGGAGCAGAAAGACACUGACUACAACCCAACAUUCGACCGUUGGAGUCGCAAUGAUGCCACUUCUCACUGGACAGCGCCCCAGUCGGAAGGACGACGGCUCUAUAUCGGCAACAUGCCUCGAAUCGAGCCGCAAUCAGCGCAUGACGAAGAAGUGCGGGCUCUCUUUAGCCAGUACGUCCCAGAUAUUACGCCAACGGCGGUGUCGAAACAGAUUUCACCGCGUGUCCCUAAGCCCGACCAGCCAGGGAAUCAGUACUACUGUUUUGUUGACCUAGAGAGAUCAGAGGACAUCGACACUGUGAUUGGGGCAUUGGACGGCAAAGAGGGCAGCUGGGGUGGCGCUGUUAGAGUCAAUCGGGCCAAGGGGUCGGACAGGAAGGUCAUCAAGGAGCAGGGCUUGGGUAGCGGCGAGCGACGGACCUUUGGCGAAGGCAAUUGGAGGAGGGAUUAG